CCCAGCCCACAUGCUUGCUUAAAGCCCUCUCCAUGCCCUGCCCUCGGCCAGUCCCUGCUGAGGCUGAGCAGAUACCCCAGGACCCGUGUGCAGCCCCUGUUCAGAGGGAGAGCCGAGAGCAUGUCUGACACGGAGGAGGUGGUGGAGGAAUACGGAGAGGAACAGGAAGAAGCGGUGGAAGAAGAAGACUGGAUUGAAGACGAAGACGAGCAAGAGGAGGCAGUGGAGGAGGAGGAGGAUGGCGGGGCUGAGGCUGAGCCCGAGGGUGAGGCUGAGACAGAGGAGACCAAAGCAGAAGAGGCUGGUCAAGAUGAAGAAGCCAAAGAUGCUGAAGACGGUCCAUCAGAGGAGUCCAAACCCAAGCCCAGCAGGCUCUUCAUGCCGAACUUGGUGCCACCCAAGAUCCCCGAUGGAGAGAGAGUGGACUUUGAUGACAUCCACAGGAAGCGCAUGGAGAAGGAUUUGAAUGAGCUACAGACGCUGAUCGAGGCUCACUUUGAGAACCGGAAGAAGGAGGAGGAGGAGCUAAUCUCGCUCAAAGACAGAAUUGAAAAGCGGCGGGCCGAGCGGGCGGAGCAGCAGCGCAUUCGCAAUGAGCGAGAGAAGGAACGGCAGAACCGCUUGGCUGAAGAAAGGGCCCGGCGUGAGGAGGAGGAGAACAGGAGGAAGGCGGAGGAUGAGGCCCGGAAGAAGAAGGCUCUGUCUAACAUGAUGCAUUUUGGAGGGUACAUCCAGAAGACAGAGCGCAAGAGCGGAAAGAGACAGACCGAGCGAGAGAAGAAGAAGAAGAUCCUGGCUGAGAGGAGGAAGGUGCUGGCCAUCGACCACCUGAAUGAAGACCAGCUCAGAGAGAAGGCCAAGGAGCUCUGGCAGAGCAUUCACAACCUGGAGGCCGAGAAGUUCGACCUGCAGGAGAAGUUCAAGCAGCAGAAAUAUGAGAUCAAUGUCCUGCGAAACAGGAUCAAUGACAACCAGAAAGUCUCCAAAACUCGUGGGAAGGCCAAAGUCACCGGGCGCUGGAAAUAGAGACAGCGCUGCUCUCGCCAAAGCUCUGCCUCUUGCCUCUGUCCCUGUCCUGAGCAUCCCAGCUCUGGGUCCUCCUGGGCACCCUGUGCAAACUCCUGUCUGGAAAGCGGGAGCUGGGCCAGCUAGAAGCCCGUACUCUGCCUGACCCCUAUGCCAGCACCACUCCAAGAAUAAAAGGCCAGCACACUGCACACACGG